UUCCACCUUCUCCUCACUCACGACCUCGCCGGAGCUGUGCUCGGACUGCCUUCAUCUCGUUCUCCGAUUUCUACACGAAGCUCGACGCUUUCAAUCUUUACCUAGCCAGUCUACACGAUGGUCCAGCUCACCUCCGCACUCUUCGUCGCCCUCUCGGCGCUCGCCAUGAACGCGCAGGGCGCGCCCCUCCACAAGCGCAUCGCACAGGUCAUCGCGGACUCCACCACGAAGUGGGAGAAGGCCUGCCUCGCGGCCGGCGGUGCAGACAAGUGCAACCCGGUCUCGGUCACCGCGUUCACGACGCUGCUCGCCGCGGCCGGCCCCUGCGAGCAGCAGGACUCGGCGGACGCGAUGGUCGACCUCGCGAAGACGCUCAACAGCGACGCGGACAUGAUCAAGUUCGCCCAGAUCUUCGCGCAGCAGCCCCGGAACACGCCCAACUCCGUCGCCGUGCCGUACUGCCAGCAGGCGCCGAAGAACUCCGAGCUGAACGGCCUGUUCCAGUGCCAGUUCCAGGGCGCGAACCAGCAGACAUUCGUCGGUGGGCUCGCGGUCGGUGCGCCGGGCACCAUCCCCUUCGGCCACACCACCCCGCUCUCCCCUGCUGGCUCGUGCGCCGCCAACCCCAGCGGCCCCAUCGCGGACGGCUCACAGUUGACGGACAUCACGUCGGACCCGGGUCUCCAGAACAUCAGCGGCUCGUCGUCUUCUGGCUCUAGCACCGGCUCUUCCAAGGCGAGCUCGUCAGCGGCUGCGGCCCCCGCCGCGACAAGCACCGCUGCUGCCGCAACGUCGACCGAUGACUGCUCCGACGACGACGAGGCUACGACUACCACCGUCGCUGCGCCUGCCGCCACCUCCGCCGCCGCGGCAUCCACUGGCUCGUCGAGCGGCUCGUUCCAGCUCCAGAACGGCAAGGACGCACAGGCCCUGAACGCCAAGUUCGCGACCCUCACCGCCGACGCCUCCUGCACCGACGGUGACCAGGCUUGCAUCUCCGGCGGCUUCGCGCAGUGCGUCGGCGGCAAGUUCGUCAGCAUGGGCUGUGCCGCGACUACCCAGUGCUUCGCGCUCCCCCUCGUCAACAAGGCCGGCACGUCGCUCGCGUGCACCACCGAGAGCGACGCGACCGCGCGCAUCGCCGCCGCCGGCGCAGCUGGUGGUAUCACCGGCAACGCCUAAGUGCGCUGAGUGCUGAUUUCACUGGGCUCGAUGGGUGCGUGUGCGCACGCGACGGCGGCUCUGGAAGCCGCCGAGGUUAUUUUUCUCCCGCUGGUUAUGUCGCGUUCACUGUAUCACUAGUCACGCACGCACGUACGCAUCGCUCUCGCAUGGCUGCCGCAUUAGCACUUAUCCUUAUACAUAUCCUGCAAUAUCACGUUCUUUCAUGCCC